AUGCUCACCACGGCUCAAAGGAAACUCCCUGGGUCAUAUCCUUCGGAGCCAAUGACUUCCGGCUCUGAACUUUCAUUCUACGAAGCCCAACAAACGCCAAUAACAGAACUCGAUCCCGAGCCAUAUCCUCCGGAGCCAACGACUUCCGAUUCUGAACUUUCGUUCUACGAGUCCCAACAAACGCCAAUAACAAAAAGCGAUCUCGACGACAUGCAUCAGACACCUACACCCCACCAGCGAACCCAAAGUGGAGGGGGAGUCCGGCCGACGUGGAUACAACAGACAAUUUGGAAGAUUGCAAAUACAGUGGUUAAUCGCGCUUCAAAUCGGCAGAAAUCGGUCAAAAGAGAACCGCGGGAAUCUCGAGACUCAGCCUCCCGCAAGCGAAGCGGAUCGAGUCGAAGUCGAAGCCGACAGAUCAGUGGGAAGGGAAACGACGCUAUAUCACAUUACCAGACUGUCCGGCAACAGCGCAUUAACCACUAUUUAACGUCUCUGCCGGCCAAAAACCAAGACUUUGAAUACGUUUCUGAAUAUCAUAAUGAGGAACCUUCAUUACCUCUUCCACAUCGAGACCCAGAGUCAGAGAGACAGACUCCCUUAAGAUUCGCAAGUCAGGACAAUCUCCACUCCAGGGCGAAUCAUGAUCGAUACCGUCACGAGCAAUCUUCUGACUUUCUCCCAUCGACUUUCAUUCGCUACCCAAGCGAUGGGGAUCUUAGGCGAAUGUAUGAUUCCCUCGAGGACCACCGGCUUGACGUCGUAAAAGACUUAAAGAGGUUCAGUGCGAGUUUCGUCUUAUUGCCAUCCCUCUAUCAGGACGUUGAUGUUACCUCCGAGCUUGCCAAAAAUAAUGCAACAUCCGAGGAGCAAAGCGGAGAACAUACUGAACCACUAGGUGAAGGUGUUGCAGAGAAUCCUAGUGAAUCCACAACUUUUAAUGACAGGUCGCAUAGUGACGGGGCAAGUGCGAGCCAUAAGCCUCAGGAGAAUGAAGACAAAGUGCCUCUAGAUCACACCAAACCACACGCACUUGACAAUGAUAUGCCCGGGCUUGGAAAACAAGAGCCUUCUCCUCCAGGUGACUGGCCUGGAGCUACGGCAGAAGGUCCAGGUAUCAUUAGAGACGAAAAGGCCGAUACUGUACAGGAGCAAUCCGUCGCACAGACUGAAAUACUCCAAAACAAUGUGGAGCAGCCAACAUGUAUGAACAUAGUUCGGCCAGGCGUCAUGACUGCAGAGAAGCCGUCAGCGGAAGGCGAAUUGCUAGGGCCAGGAGGGGAACAAACACUUACCACGAGCAACAAUCAAUCUAGUCCCAGAACUGUACAGCCAACGUCUAUGGCAAAUGCCAAUGCUCUCAGCCCGGCGGAAGAGUCAGAAACUCUUCAAACCCAAGAACUGGCAUCUAGUGGCUCGGAAGGUUCUCCAACUGUGCAAUCUCUGGGAUCGUUCCUGGAAGGGGCUCCUGGGACUGACAGAAUUGGGCGCAAGUGGGAGUCAGCGACGGUCAUUAUGAAACGGAUUUUGGACGAUAAAGCAACCACGACACCGACCUCGGUCAUGUCUUUCAACACGAGAAAACUUUUGGGAGUAAGUCGACCUGUAAUGAUAUGGAAUGACGAAUUUUACGGUUAUCUACCCUGUUUCGUGUCCCAGGGUAAGGUGUCCGCCGUACGCGAACUUCUCGCUGUCGGCUGCAACCCAGGUCGGGCUGGCAAGCCCAGGUGGGUGCCAAUGCUCAAUGCAGUUCUGGGGAGAACAGAAAAACACAACAAAUGCCUGAUUGCUCUGCUUCAGAGCGGCGCAGAUGUAGGCGCCAAAGACCCGAGCAGCGGCAAGACGUAUCUACACUUCGCCAUUGCGCAGGAACGGUGGUCUGGAUAUUCGACUACGGUGUACAUUCUGCUCAUGGCCAAGGCAAAUCCAAACGCCAGAGAUAAGAUGGGCAACACUCCCUUACUGACACUUUUAACCGGUAAUGGACCACUACUGAAAGAGGAGCGCGAUGCCUUGAUGCUCCUGCUGGCCCCCAAUUUCGGCACCAAGAUAUACGUGAGGGACCCCAAUCUCGGUGAGAAUGUCCUCCACCUAGCAAUCAGGAGACGCGAUCCGUACGCACUCGACGCGGUCUUCAGUACGAUCUAUGACAAUGAACUCAAGAAGUCAAUGCUCCAGGAAUUAAAUGCCAGCGGCUUCACACCGCUCCUUCUCCUGGUAAACGUCUGCUCGUUCCACACGGAAGAAGCGGCCGUGAAUGCCACACGACUGCUUGAACUCUUGCUCGAGAACGGCGCGGAUCCGGACGACAAGGACUCCACGAACGGCGACACCGUUCUGCAUUGCGUCAUAGGCGUGCACCGGAGCAUCGAGGCGUUUGAGCUCCUGCUCAAAUACAAUGCGAACCCCUUGGUGCAGAACUUCAGUCACAAAACAGCCAGCGCGCUGUUACAGGAAAAGGCCCGUGAUCAUCCUUCUGAUCGGUGGUACGCACAGGCCGUGCGGAAAGUGAGUGGGUUAGGGCAAUGGAAUACACCAGGACCCGCACCAGCUGUUUCGCGAGGAUCAACUCGAUUCGACUCCUGA